AAAGCGCUGUCAAAACUGCACGCACUCAGUGCUCUCUCUGUCAGUCUGUGAGGUGAAGGUAUCGCAGCGUAUUUGCAGUGACUAUGGCGCGUGUUGAAACAUCCUCUAGUAGGCCAUACCACCUGGUUAUCUUCGGAGCCUCUGGCUUUACGGGACAGUUCGUGGUGGAGGAGGUGGCCCGGACCGCGUCCGAGGGUCCGAAAGGCAACCUGAAGUGGGCCGUGGCAGGCAGGAGCAAGCAGAAGCUGGAAAAAGUUCUGGAGCAGGCCGCCGGAGUCCUCAGUAAGCCUGAGCUGAGGUCAGAGGUGGACAUUAUCGUGGCAGAUGUAGAAGAACCAGACUCCCUGGCAGCCAUGUGCAAACAAGCUGUGGUUGUUCUCAACUGUGUGGGGCCUUACAGGUUCUAUGGCGAGCCAAUGGUCAAAGCCUGUGUGGAGAAUGGAGCCCAUCAUAUUGACAUUAGUGGAGAGCCUCAGUUUCUGGAGAGCAUGCAGUUGAACUACAACAGCCAGGCAGCUGACAAAGGUGUGUACAUCAUAGGGAGCUGUGGAUUCGACUCCAUACCUGCGGACAUGGGAGUCCUCUACACCAGGGACCAGUUCAAGGGUACGCUGACUGCAGUGGAGAGCUUCCUGACUAUCGGCUCAGGAGAGGAUGGCGGCUGUAUCCAUGACGGCACGUGGCAGUCAGCCAUCUACGGUUUUUCCGACAGCCAGAAGCUCCAGAGUCUCAGGAGGAAGUUUAAUCACAAACCUCUCCCUACUGUUGGCUCUAAGCUUAGACGCAGGGGAACUUUGUUCUUCAGUAAUGAGAUCCAGCAGUAUACGGUGCCGUUCAUGGGCUCCGAUCCCUCGGUUGUGAAGAGAACUCAACGCUUCCUGGUGGACGAGUACCAGGCCAAACCGGUUCAGUAUGGAGCGUAUGCAGGAAUAGGAGGUAUUAGCAACAUUGUCAAGCUGAUGUUUGCUGGCAUGAUGUUCUGGUUCUUGGUCAAGUUCAGUUUUGGACGCAACUUGCUCAUCAAGCACCCAGAGUUCUUCUCCUUUGGACUCUUCUCCAAGGCUGGACCAACUAGAAAGCAGAUGGAGGCUUCAUCCUUCCAGUUUGCUUUCUAUGGAGAGGGCUACACAGAGGGACAGGACCCCUCCCAGGGAAAACCUAAUGCCAAGAUCCGCACACUGGUUCAGGGACCAGAGUGUGGAUACGUGGCCACGCCCAUCGCCAUGGUACAGGCUGCUCUAACAAUCCUCAAUGAACCCACAGCCUUGCCCAAGACGGGAGGAGUUUAUACUCCAGGAGCUGCUUUUGCAAAAACCACACUGACGGACCGCCUCAACAAACACGGCAUCCAGUUCUCUGUCGUCUAAAGUUUAACCCCCUACCUGAUGCCAUACUCCAGGUUUUUCUCAGCACUUACUCAUUAAUAUGCAUUAUAACAACUGGAAAGUUUCCAAUUUUUGAAGAGAGCUAUUUCAUUGCGAGGUCCUUGACUGGAGAUGAAGUGCACUUUCAGAUUGCAUUCUAACACCAUUUUUGAUUGUACUUUUUGCAUUUAUCUUUUCAAUUUGUUCAUAAACUUGCUUGUCCCCCAAUCGGCUUGAAUGUACUGUUAACCCUCUGCUUGUUAGAGAAAUGGCCCUUCUGCAGCAGAAUUUCCCAGCCAAGGACCGUAAAACCAGUUAAGUGUAAAUGGGUUAAACAUGAACUACCAUUAACAUAAUUACUGCUAAUGAAAGAAGCAUUUAGAUUGAUUGAUUGAUUCACUUUAUAUAAUUGUAAGUCAUAUUUGUACCUAAUUGGACAGAAAUGAUUUAUAAAAGUCUGUGCACUAUCAGGCGAGAGAGAGAAGAGAAAACGUGUAGAAUGCACUUUUAUCAUACCAAAGAAUGGUUGGUGGCAUUUUGCACGGAAAUUAAAUUGUGAUCUAACAGUGUAUUUAUCACACUGACCUUUGUGAUGCAGUGUAUAUGGUAAUUACCUACACAGGAAUGGAGAGCUAGACAGCAAAUCACACGUUCUCUUGACGACCCGGGUUAUUAAAUAGCAACAGUAUAGCGGGCUGAUAGCCUUAUAGUAAUACAUCUAAUGAUUAUGGACCGUAUUACCCCUGGCAGGAUUGAGGAUUAGUAAAGUAAUUUGAAAUCCGUGAUACAAAUGUAGCAAACUAUUAAAUGGUCUACAAUCUUUAUAAGCGUUGUCCUUGUGACAUACAGUAGCUUUGUGCUUGUGUGUGUGUGCACGUGUACUUACAUGCUUGCUGUCCCUUGCCAGUUAGCUAAAAAUCCUGAUUGCUUUGUUUUUGACAAUUAACAGUUUGACUAUCACUAAACCAUCCUACAGUCUUGAAUCUAUAUUCUUUGUAGCUGAUUGUUGCAAAACUUCACCUAUAGCAGUGUAAGAAAAUGCAUCCAGUUGUUCGUGCACAAAACUGUGUGAGUUACUCCAUGUGACUGAACUGAUCCUCUCUGCUGUUUUAACAAGCGUGUUUGUUUUUUUGAAGAAGUUUGUUGCUCCUCUGGACUGGAAUUGUUUUUUGCCCCACAAAUUGGUGAUGUUUAUUUCAGUCCUUGUUUUUCUCGUUGAGCAUUAUGUGCAUGUGACAAGAAAUGUUUUGGGUUUUGCUGUGCUUUGUUGUAUGGGCCUCAUAAAUAAAACCAACUCUAAUAGAAAAAAAAA